AUGUUCUGCGAAAAAGCUGUGGAGCUGGUUCGUGAGCUGCACCGCGCGCCAGAAGGGCAGCUACCCGCUUUCAAUGAGGAUGGAAUCAGACAAGUUCUGGAGGAAAUGAAAGCUUUAUAUGAACAAAACCAGUCUGAUGUAAAUGAAGCAAAGUUGGGUGGACGAGGUGAUUUGAUACCAACUAUUAAAUUUCGGCACUGUUCUCUGUUAAGAAAUCGACGCUGCACUGUUGCCUACUUGUAUGACCGAUUGCUUCGGAUUAGAGCUCUCAGGUGGGAAUAUGGCAGUGUUUUGCCAAGUGCUUUACGAUUUCACAUGUCUGCUGAAGAAAUAGAGUGGUUUAAUCAGUAUAAAAAGUCCCUUGCUACCUACAUGAGGUCACUGGGAGGAGAUGAAGGUUUGGACAUCACACAGGAUAUGAAACCUCCAAAAAGUUUAUAUAUUGAAGUGCGGUGUCUAAAAGACUAUGGGGAAUUUGAAGUUGAUGAUGAUGGCACUUCGGUCCUUCUUAAAAAAAACAGCCAGCACUUUUUGCCUCGAUGGAAGUGUGAGCAGUUGAUCAGACAAGGAGUUCUGGAGCAUGUCUUGUCGUAACUGCGUCUU